AUGUCAAGAAGCGAAGAAGAAAAGCGGUUCGACAAGUACAUUCUUCAACUCUGCAAGUUUGGCGAAACAGAGAAUGUCCAUUCUCCAACAAUGGCAAUGCUUCGCAAAAAGUGAGUUAACACAGACAAAUGAUACUAAAGAUUCAUAACAUUCAGAGCUCAAAAACAGCUAAUUGAGCUGAUAAAGAAAGGAAUCGACUGUAAUCACAGGCUGAGCAAACUGUGGACAUACGGAUAUUACCAGCCGUAUCAGUUUUUCAUUCGAGUGAGUUUCUGUUCUUCUCGAAAAGAAAAAGAAACGUAAUAUUCGUUUCAGGAGAGCGAAAAUGUCAUGGAAACGCCGACAUUGCUCACGAUGUUUUGCGGAGAAAUGCACGAAUUUCUGCAGGUCUCCGAUCAAUACGCCGCUCAGAUCAAUCUCUAUCUCGGGGACCUCCAUCGAUACAUGCCCGACGACGAGAUUCAGAAGUCGUUGGCGGCCGGAUUCUACGCACGGAGCGUCGAGUUGAAUCCCCAGAACGGAAGAGCGUUCGAUGUGUUCCUGACCGUCAAACCGAACCCGACUCUGGCCGAAAAAUGCAGGCAAGACAUUGUAGAUAUAUUUCUAAUUACCAUUGCGUUUACAGACUGCUCAUCCUCGCACAACUCGCUGAAAAAGCGUAUGAUACUGACAAAAAGCUGGAAGAGAUUCUGAACGAUUCCGGCGAUGAAAAGUUCCUCGUCGAUUUUGUGAACUGGGCGUUGUUUGCAAAGUCGGGAAAAGCGGAACAUCAGAAGAUCGGAAUGGAACUGAUUCAAGAGUUCAAGGAGAUCCUCGGAAAGAAUCGAGACGCCGAUUGGCCGAUGAUUCUGUCCGCGUGUCGGUUGGCUUCCCAACUCUCGAUGGAGAAUGACGGAUGUAUAUCUUAAUUGAAAAUUUUGAAUUUCUAAAUUAUUCAAAUUUUCUUUUCAGUCAUCCGAUACAUGGAUUCGUUCGAUGUGAUCACCGAGCUCUAUCUCUGUUUUUAUGCGAACGAAAUGAUGGAUACUCGGUUCCUUUCCGAGGCGAUCACCUGGAUAUGCGCUGUCUCGGAGAACUUCGGAAGAUGGGACAUGUUCAAGAAUCAGCCCAACUUUUCUUCCGUCUCUAACUUCUCUAAAACCGUAAGCUUUUAACAGAAUUCUCCGCGUACACUGCUGUAUUUUUUAAGAAAUGGUGCGAGUUGAACGACGCCGUCCUGAACCACGUGAACAUCGUUUUCGCGUCGGCCUCCCUUUCCCCGCUCAUUUCCUCUUCUUCCUAUUCCACCAGUCUCCUUCUAAAUGGACCUAAAUCGGAGCCAACUUUGGAGCAUCUCAGCAGUUCUGUUCAUCAGCUGCUCUCCCUCAAGUAUCCGACGAUGAAAUUGAACUCGGAGAGAAAAACCUCUGAACCUCUUCUCCGUCGAAUCAAUCAAUUGGUUGCGAAGCGUCUGGAAGUGUCAAUAGAGCAGCUCGUCGAGAAAGUGAGCCAAAUGAACCGGGAAGACUGGAAACCAGUGUACGUAGUGAUGAACUACGAGACGAUAGUGAGCAUGAUACGGCUCGCGCGCAAAAUUUGGGAAAUGGACGACUUUAUCUGCGUGCUCCCGUCGUCUGUGCUCGAAGAGUUGGACAGAGAGAAGACGCGGAACAAGUCGGUGCGUCCCGUGAUCAGGGCGCUCAUGGAGAACCAGUCGGUCGGACGGAUCCUCAUGAAAGAGUGCUCGGACGUGAUGGAUUGUGUCGAAAAGUGUGUGCAGAGUGUUCGAGUCAAGGAAAACUCGCAGGAUCACAAGCAGAUUGUCGCUGUGCUUUGCGAGAAUCCGAAUGAGAAUGAGCCGAUCGAUGGAGUCACGUUCUACAAAAUCGCAGAGUUCUACAAAAAGUGUCUCGCCUGA